CUGCCAACCAUACGUAAGGAGGCUGCCAUUUUCCGCAUCCCAUCCCAUGUAGCCGACCGGUGUUGAGAGGUUCCAAAGAAAGAAGAUGAACCAAAUUGACUUUAAGAAUGAGUCUGAAGUCAAAGAAUACAUUCAAAACCUUGGCACCGAAUAUAGUUAUCAAUGUUAUGCAGAAAAGUCUCCAGAAGGUUGCUAUAGGUUGGGUGACUUUUUUGCAGCAGUGAAGGGCGAUUUUACAAAAGCUGCAGAGGCCUACAAGAAAAGCUGUGAAGAUUAUGGGUUUGCAAAGGCCUGCAACAAAGUGGGCGCCCUGUACAUGCACGGGAAAGGAGUGGAUACAAACAUAGAAGAAGCUUUCAAAUUUUUUGAUAAAGGUUGUUCAGGUGGAUGCGCAGAUGCCUGUCACGGUGCCGGCAUUCUUUUGCAUCAAGUCGGCCUGGGAUCCGAUAAAAGGAAAGACGCCCCAAGAGCUGUUAGUUACCUUGAAGGUUCAUGUAAUCAAGGACAUAUAGCCAGUUGUUUUCAUUUAAGCUCAAUCUAUAUAAAAGGAGCCGAAGGAGUGAAAAAAGACUUUUCAAAAUCUUAUGAACUCUCGUUAAAGUGUUGCGAGGCAAAUCAUGUGUACGCAUGUGCUAAUGUAAGCAGAAUGUAUAUGCGUGGGGAUGGUGUUGAGAAAGAUGUUACAGUGGGUAAAAAGUAUCGCGAAAAGGCAGAGGAGCUGCUUAAGAAAACGAGAGAAGAAAUGCAGCAACUCAAAUUUGGAGAGUGAUUGAUAAGAAUAGGUGCUAUUGCUAUAAUAUUAAUGAUUUAUCAAAUUUUUACUGUUUUGAGAUUAUUGUAUAGUACAGGUAUCAAUAAAAUUAUUUAAAAGUGUGAUUUAAUCUUCCAUUGUUUAUGAAUGUGCAAACAAGGUCCAUAAGAACUUUAUUUUACUGUAUUGACAUGCACAGUUGUUUACUGUAUUAAUAUUCAGUAGCAUAAAUGCUUAAAAUAAUCUAAAAAACAAAGAAUUUGUUGAAUCUUCAAAGAGGAAGACCUUUCCAUUUAUUGUACAGUACAGGUACAUUUAAGUACUGUUAAGUUUUAUAUAUUUGUGUUUUUAAGUCAUAAAACUGUAAUUUUAUGUAGGUGUAGCUAAAUUACAUUUCACUGGGGCAGUUCCAAAGGUGUUUUGGUGCCAGUUGAUUGACGACUUUGUUCCUAAAUGAAUGAACAUUUCAAAGUGAAAUGAAAAAGUGAAGUGAAAUUUCCUCAAAGUGAAAUGAAAAAGUGAAGUGAAAUUUCAUUUCAUUUAUGUUGAGUAACACACGGUUUAGGAGGAGACUUUUUGUCACUGGUGACUGCACCUCGUUUGUCAUUUACACUGCAGUGCCCUUGCUGUUCCCCACCUCCCCACUUCAUUUAAAUUUCUUGACUCUUCUUCCAACAAACAUAUUUCACUUUCACAUCUAUUCAUAUCCUACAUUAUUCUUCAAAUAAACUCCAGAGCCUUAUUUGGAAUAAAUGCCCAGGGCAUUUAUUUUUCCUUUAAUAAACACCAGCCACACCCCUACCAAAUUACUGUAAACAAAAUUAAUGGAAGCAACAUCAUUCUCAACACAUUCUAUUAAUUUUCUUCUCUAGUCAGGAUCAGUAGUCUUUAUGAUCUUACAAUAAGACAUUCUGAUGGUAAUUAUGUGUUUUAGUUUAGAGUAUACAUGUUAUGCGCAAAAAAAUAAAAAUGUCCCCUCCAAACCAUUCUUAACAAUAAAAACCAACAUUUUUCUCCAUAAACAUAUAUCCAGCACAGUAUUGUGACAAAUUUUAUUUACAAAUCAUGGCCACUAAAUACUGAAAUCAUUUACUAUAUU